CACCAUGCUGUGGAAGACGGUCUACCUGGCGCUCGUCUUGGCGCUUGCUUCGGUCACGUCCACACCCAUCAUUGCCAGCGGCGACAGCCACACGGAUCUUGUCAGGAGGACCCGGCACAUUGGCGGCAUAGGAGGCGGUGGCAUAGUGGGGGGAGGCUUUAUCGGUGGCGGUGGUGUGGCGGCUGCUCCAGUCAUUCAAACGGUUCCCCUGAUUCAAACAGUGCCCGUGAUCACCACUGUGCCGGUUAUAUCGACCAUCCAGGCGAUCCCCAGCUAUGGCUACGGCUAUGGCUAUGGCAAUGGCCUGGGAGUCGCUCCAGUAGGUGGCUUGGGCGGUGGAGGCUUGGGCGGUGGUGGAUUCGUAGGUGGCGCCGUGGGAUUUGCCAAAUUUAAAGGCGGUUUCUUCGGUUGACUGGUUCUCAAGUGUAAACAAUAAAUAAACA